GAGGGAUGGGAAGAUAAAUGGCUUUGGGGGGGGGAGGGAGAGAAGAGCGUGGUUGGGGGACAGGACCCCCAGGGAAGGCGCGUCUCCAUAACCCCGGUCCAGAUCCCGCCACUCAGCCCCUCGGACCCGCCCCAUCCUUAUCCUCCCCUGUCCCUGCCUGGUCUCCGCACCCUCUUCUCACUCACUCGGGUCUCACGCUGUCCUUUUCCGUCUCAUGCUCUCUUCGUGCCCUCCCCGCUCCUGGUCCCAUCACGUCGGACCCGGGGUCCAGCGCCUCAACCCCCCGCCCCUUGCCCCCAGGUCCCCACUCCCUGAGGUAUUUCUACACAGCCGUGUCCCGGCCCAGUCGACGGGAUCCCCGCUUCUCCGUCGUCGGCUAUGUAGACGACACGCAGUUCGUGCGGUUCGACAGCAAUGCCCCAAAUCCGAGGGAGGAGCCGCGGACACCGUGGGUGGAGCUGGAGGACCCGGAGUAUUGCGAUCGGAACACACGCAUCUACAAGGACACCUCACAGAAUUUCCAAGUGAGCCUGAAUAUCCUGCGCGGCUACUACAACCAGAGCGAGGCCGGGUCUCACACCUACCAGUGGCUUUGUGGAUGCUAUGUUGCGCGGGACGGGCGCCUCCUCCGCGGGUACAGUCAGUUCGCCUAUGACGGCGCCGAUUACAUCGUCCUGAACGAGGACCUGCGCUCCUGGACCGCGGUGGGCAUGGCGGCUCAGAUCACUCGGCGCAAAUGGGAGGAGGAAACUGUGGCAGAGCAGAGCAGAGCCUACCUGGAAGUGGCAUGCGUGCAGUCGCUCCACAGAUACCUGGCGAACGGGAAGGAGACGCUACAGUGGUCAGAUCCUCCAAAGACACAUGUGACCCGCCACCCCAGCUCUGACAAUAAAAUCACCCUGAGGUGCUGGGCCCUGGGCUUCUACCCUAAGGAGAUCUCCCUCACUUGGCAGCAGGAGGGGCAGGACCAGAGCCAGGACGUGGAGGUUGUGGAAACCAGGCCCUCAGGGGAUGGGACCUUCCAGAAGUGGGCGGCCCUGGUGGUGCCUCCUGGAGAGGAGCAGAGCUACACCUGCCAUGUGCAGCACAAGGGCCUGCGGGAGCCCCUCACCCUGAGAUGGGACCCUCCUCAGCCCCCCGUCCCCAUCGUGGGCGUCAUUGUUGGCCUGGUUCUCGUCCUGGUCGCUGGAGCCGUGGUGGCUGGAGUUGUGAUCUGGAGGAAGAAGCGCUCAGGUAGGGAAGGGAGCGGGGAUCUGAGUCUCCUUGUCUCACGGGGGGUUUCAAGCCCAGGUGGAAAUUUGUUCUGCCUUGUUCCUGGGAUGUCCCCUCCACACACAUGUGCUUUCCCAGUCUGGGCCUGAGUGCCAACACUCUCU